GAGCCGCCCCCGCGCGACGUGCCCGGUUUCGCCUUGCUCGGCAGCGGCAUCCCUGCGUUUCCUGGUUGCAGAGCGUGGGUGACGGAGUAGAAAGUUUACGGCUGCCCGGUCCCACCGCGGGGUGUGCGGGAGGCUCGACUCCUCCGCCCCCUGCAGGCUGUUCGCGGCGACUGGCUCCGAGUGGUACGAUUCCUCCGGUUGCUCCAGGGCUGGGAGCGGAGCGGGCGCAGCAGCAGCAGCAGCAGCAGCAGCGACCCGUGCAUGGCGCUUGUGACUGUCUGUCGGUCCCCGUCGGGAAGCGGCCACUCUACCCCCACCGGCUGCAAGGAUGAAGAUCUUCCCAGGAAGAGACAGCUGCAAAGACGACAUAGCUUCGUCAUGGUCAAAGGAGCUGCUCUACUUCUGCAAGAAGAAGAAAAGCUUGAGUGCCUGCAGGAGAGCCCAGCCCCUUCAGACCACAAGCAGAGUGGGAAUGCCGCAGGACAGCAGGAGCUUCACUUACAGCAGAUGGUGGGGCUGCUGCGGCCACAAGACACCAUCCGGCUGGCUGUGAGGCUAGAGUCAGCUCGAGCUCACAGAAUCCGGUACCUGCUGGUUGUGUCUGCAUUGGAGAUGGAGAGCAAAAGUGAGAUGGUGCUGCUUGGAGUGGACUUUCCUGAAGAAGGCUCGGCUGCCUGCACUCUGGGGAUGGUGCUGCCACUCUGGAGUGACACCCAGGUCUUCCUUGAUGGCGAUGGGGGAUUCAGUGUGACAUCUGGGGGGCAGACACGUAUCUUUAAGCCCAUCUCUGUCCAGACUAUGUGGUCAGCACUGCAAGUACUGCACAAGGCAUGUAGUGAAGCAGUCUGCUACAAUAAUUUCCCAGGUGGCAGUGCGUUGAGCUGGACUGAGUGGUACCAGGAGGCGGUGACCUCUGAGCAAAGUUGCAUUAAUGAGUGGUUGACCAUGUCUGACCUGGAAUCUGUGCGGCCCAGUUCGCCUGCGGUCUCCUCUGACCAGCCGACAGCACAGGAGAUGACAGAGCGGAUGAUCCGGGCCAAGCUGCGUGAGGUGAUGGCCACCACUGACCUGGAGAACAUCACCUCCAAGGAGAUUCGCACAGAACUGGAGCACCGAGCUGGUUGCAGCCUGGAGGAUUACAAAGAAUUCAUUGAUAAUGAGAUGCUGCUCAUCAUGGCUCAGAUGGAUCGGCCAUCCAGGAUUUUUGAUCACCUCUAUCUGGGCUCUGAAUGGAAUGCAGCCAACCUUGAGGAGCUUCAAAAGAACAACAUCAGCCACAUCCUCAAUGUAACCCGUGAGAUCGACAACUUCUUCCCAGAGCAUUUCACGUAUAUGAAUGUGCGCCUCUAUGAUGAGGAAACAGCACAGCUACUGCCACACUGGAAGGAGACCUAUAGCUUCAUUUCAGAUGCCCGGGUACAAGACUUGCGGGUGUUGGUGCACUGCAAGAUGGGCGUGAGUCGCUCUGCUUCUACAGUCAUUGCCUAUACCAUGAAGGAGUAUGGCUGGUCACUGGAACGGGCCCUUUGUCAUGUGCGGGAACGGCGUCCAAUUGUUCACCCUAAUCCAGGUUUCAUGAGACAGCUGGAGCUUUACCAGGGGAUUCUGGAUGCCAGCCGACAUAGCAGCCUAUGGGAACAAAAGGUGGAAGAUGCACAAUCAGAAGGUUCUUCAGAUGUAAGUGAUGCCAGCAGUGAUCCUUCAGGAAGCCCAGAUUAUGAGACAAUAAGCUCAGAAGAAGAGCCGGAGGAGCCAGUGACAACACCCCAGUAUUGCUUUCGGCCUCUGAGGGACCCUCCUGAAGAACCCAACUGGCCUCUAGACCCCUCUGAUGGCACCCGACUUAGUCUUCUAGAGACAGAAGAACCUGGGGCAUCAGACGACUCAGGGGCUGAGGAAGUGCGAAGACACCUGGCUACAACAAGAGUAUCGGAACAGUCAGUCCAGCCCCGACGGGAGCGCAUUAACCUCUAUGCAAUCAUGCGUAGCAUCAGUGAGAUGGAUAGCCCAGAACACAUCCCUAUGCCAGUGUGUGUCACAGAAGAAGAGGUAUUUCUUCAUUCUGAGAGGAAAUCCCCUAUAAAUUCCACGACAUGCCCCUCAAAUGAAGAGAAAUUAAGAUCAGCAACGGACUCUACAGCAAAACAGAGCUUGCCAGAAAGGGAGCGGGUGCUGUGUCGUAAGUCUGGAUGCCGUAGGCGUAAGGCUCCUAAAGGCCAACUCUGCAAGCAGCUCACAUACCACCCAGCAAAAGGUCGGGUGCGUAAAGUUGUCCGGCGCAUGGAAGGCCCCGCCCCAUCAUGCCGCAAGCCCCCCUUACAGCACCGCCUCUCUGUGGCCCAGCUAGCUGAUGCUGCCCUGGUGGUGAGCCGAGCCAAGGAGUUUGAGGGGCAUACAGAUCCUGAAAGCCCUGAUAAGCUCAAGUCACCUUCUCCACAAGAUCCUCAGCCUGGUAAAGACAACGUCCUAAGUCCUGUCUCUGGUGCUCGAUCCCAGAGGAUGGUGCGGCAGACCAGCAUAGACAUAGAUCCCAGCUCAGGAUGAAGACUCGCCUCUGCCUUCCUCCUUAUGUGCUGUUGUUAAGUGGAAUGAUGCAUGGAGCCCAGAGGCUGGAAAAAAGAACUGAUCAUAUUGUGAAGUCGUCUUUCCUCUACCUUCAAGUUAUGGCCUCACAUUGUCCUGGGAGCCAGUAUCUGCUUAGGAGAAGGAUAGCAAGGAGGAAAGGAAAUCAGCCCUUCAGGAGACCACAGCCUUCACACUGUUCAAUGGAUAAUGGGCAGCACAAGGGCCAGGAAAGGACCACUGCUUUGGUGGGGGCUCAUUCUGCUCACUCCUUUCAGACAUCAUAAUGGCCUUGAACAUUCCACAGCUCCACGUGAGGGCCUCAGGGGCCACGUUCUUUUACAAGUCGCCUUUGGUUGUUCUUUCAAUGUGCUUUGAUGCCACUGAGCACUUCUUUAUAAAGCAAAGCCUUUCACUGUGAUCCACGGGGGAAGAAACUGUUCCCACUCAUCUUUGCACACACAUCUACUGUGCCAUUGUCAGCUUCACGCAGCCUGAGAAUAAACUUGCUUUUCUCUUGCA